AUGCACACUCCAAAGUUUGGAGGAUCGAUGGAUCCCGAGUCUGCAGAAGAAUGGAUGACGUGCAUCACACGAGACCUGGAAUAUGUUCAGUGUCCCCUACGUUAUCGAGCGCUACUAGUGAGCCAUCACUUGUCCGGGCAAGCUCUACAUUGGUGGGAAAAGGUGGUACAGGAGAUGCCUGACGGACAUUGUUUCACCUGGGAGGAAUUCAAGGAGGAAUUUGAGAGGAAGUACUACCGCCGACAGAAUCAAGAACGCCGCCUCUCUGAGUUCCUGAACCUGACUGUGAGAGAGUACGAAGCUGAAUUCGUACGCAUGCUUAAGCAUUCGGCGCAUCUGCUGGAGAAAGCGGAGGAAUCGAAAAAGGAGGAGAGAGCCAGCAGGGCCCGUCACCGAAGUCCUCCUAGAUGCCAUCCCUAUACGCGUCCAUCGGGGAAGACUGGUCAGACUGGCCAGAGCAGCCGAGUGCAAGACAAGGAUAAGGCGCCAAUCACCCAGGCAUUACCUCCGCCACCUCGGAGAGGGCCACCUGUCUGCUAUCGGUGUCAGCAGCCAGGACACUAUGCAGCAUAUUUUACGGUGAGACCCACAGAGCCGCAAGCGCAAGCGACUAUACCACCGAGACCUACAGCUGGAGCUGGAGUGGCCCCGAGGGUUUAUGCCCUAGAAGCAGAGCAGGAGCUCCAAGAAGAGGAGGUUCACAUCGAUGGAGUCGAAGCAGAUGCGAUUGCAGGUAUUCUUCUACCUCUACUAGCAUGUUUUUUGAGCGCGGAUAUAGUGGAGAGAAUCGGUACAGGAAAGGUCGAUCCAAUGAGUAACUUUACAGUGCGUACACCGGCAGGGGAAACCCUUACAGUUCAAGGGACUCUGCAAGGCGUACCCCUUGACAUAUGCGGCCGACAAAUGACAGCAGAUCUUAUUGUGGUACCCGUAGGAGUCUAUGACCUCAUUCUGGGCAUUGAUUGGUUGACGAAAUACCAGGCUUAUAUCGACUGCCCUCAGAGGACGAUCUGGUUUCAAGAAGAGUCCGGAGGUUUUGAAUUUAAAGGAAGAGGAGCACCAUCGACGGACCCGAUUAUCUCGACGUUGAAAGCCGAAAAGAUAAUCAGGAAGGGGAACGAUGCGUUCUUAGUGGUUAUCACGGCUACUAAGGAACCGAAGAAGAGAUUGAAGGACACACCUGUUGCUCGGGAAUUUCCAGAUGUAUUUUCGGAAGAAUUACCGAGAAUACUGCCAAAGAGGGAGGUGGAUUUCAGAAUUGAUGUACUACCGGCACAGAGCCAAUCACUAAGACUCCGUACCGGAUGGCACUGA